UAGGUCAGUUCAGUGUGCGUUUGUGCGUCUGCGGUUUGCGUGCGUGUGUGAAAGAGAAUGCAUGGUAAAGGGGUGUGUUCAUGGGAAUUAGAGGUGUGUGUGUGUGUGUGUGUGUGCGCGCGCGCGCGUGCAAGCAGACUGGAAUACUGCUCCAGAGGAAGUGCGCCCGUUCUCCGUCUGCGCGUCCCGACUUCCUGCUCUGAGGUAGGAGAGAAAAGCUGCGGAUCCGCUUUCAGACAGCGGGGCAGCAGCAGCAUGGAGCCCCGACGCGGCACACACACACCGAUUUAAGCAACAAACUCCCACAGCACGCGCGGACAGAGGCGCAGCGGCCGUCCACAGCAGGAUUGCCCGUGUUUGAGCCAUCAUGGAGAGCUCCAUCACACUCUGGCAGUUCCUGCUGCAGCUCCUGAUCGACCAAAGCCACAAGCACCUCAUCUGCUGGACGUCGAACGACGGAGAGUUCAAGCUGCUCAAGUCAGAGGAGGUGGCCAAGCUGUGGGGGCUCCGCAAGAACAAGACCAACAUGAACUACGACAAGCUGAGCAGAGCACUGCGCUACUACUACGACAAGAACAUCAUUAGGAAGGUGAUCGGCCAAAAGUUUGUCUACAAGUUUGUGUCGUUCCCUGACAUCCUGAAGAUGGAGCCGGCGGCGGUGGAGUCGGGUAGGAGCAGUGAGGAAACCGUGGGGGCAGCAUCAGAACCUGAAGCUGAAGAAGACCUUCACUCCAGCUCACACUCCUCCUUCAACAUCAACUUGCUGCACCGACCAAUAAAAUCAGAACCCAGAACCAAACGCCAUGACGACAGCUCCGUCAUCCGAUUCGUAACCAAUGGCGAAUGCACCUCCCUUCCUUCCACUCCGCCUCCAGGGUCUCCUCGGCUGAGACAGAGCCCCGCCCCCAGAAGGGUGAGGGGGCGUGGCCAGAGUUCAGAUACUGAUGACUUUGAGCCUUUAAAUUUGUCGUCUGGGCAGCGGGAGAGAGAGAAGUUAUGGAGCACAGCGACUUCAGAGAGGAGGGGGCUGCCCAACAGCACACCACUGGAAGGCAGAAAACCCAAAGGCCUCGAGAUCUCUGCCUCCUCGCUCCUCCUGACAGGAAGUGACCUCGUCUCGAUUGCACUCAACAGUCCAGCACUCCCUUCUGGGUCUCUCACUCCCUCCUUUUUUACUGCACAGACUCCUUCUGGUCUGUUGGUCACCCCCAGCCCUCUGCUGUCUAACAUCCACUUCUGGUCCAACCUGAGUCCAGUGGGACCUCUGAGCCCCAUCCAACUGCAAAACCAUUCUCAGCUUUUCCAGUUUCCCUCUCUCCUGAAUGGACCCAUCCCAGUACCUACACCCAGCAUGGAUGCCCCAUCUCCUCUGGCACUCUCCACCAUCUCCCAUAAGUCCUGAUACCAGCCUGAACUCCUCUCAGCAGACUGGAUUGAUAAUUUGUCAAGGAGAGUCGCAUCAACACAGACCAAUGAGUCAAACUGGCUCCGAACUUCAUCCCAGAAGAAACAGGAGCUUCCCUCUGAAGCUUGGCUUUCAGAAGACGUUUAGCUGGGCUUGUUGUGUUUAUGUUUAUUUCAGGGUCUCAGAAAAUCUUUAAUUAAAAAGUAGACCAAAAACCAAACCUCACCAUGUCUUUGCUAAAUCAUCUCAGUACAGCUGGUGUUUUGCUUCGUCACAAAGGAUUGCUUCUAGCUCUCAUCAUUUCUCCAACUAAUCCCAGCAUCAACAUCUAGGACUCAAGACGAAGAUCUGAGGAAAUCCUCAACAGACCUCACUGAGCCAGAAACCUCCUCUUUGAAGCAGACACAAUGUGAGUUUGCUUUUAUUGGGCUCUCUCGUUAGAUUAGCACCACAUAUUUGUUGUGUUAUGUUGGAAGUUUUUAUUGUGGCACAAAAAUAAAUGUUUGCAAAGUUUUCACUGUAAAUAAGAUUAUUUAGCAAAAGGUUGCUGGAGGUGCAUAGAUGUUGACUCUCCAGGUCCUAAAGCUACAGUUAGAUACAUGGAUGUCCUUAUCUAAUGCACAAACGUGUUUAUUUUUGUUUGUUUGUUUGUUUGUUUAAGCUGAAAUUUCAACUUUUUUAAAAGAAAGCACCUAAUUUCUUCAUUAAUGGACCAUAACUGGAUCACUAGACAUUAUGGAAAGCAUUUUUAAACUGCUAUAUUGGUUUGUUCUGGGACCACCAGAAUCAACACAGUGAUGUCACAUAUCCACAACUACAGCAGAAGUGAAGGAAAGGCCGUUCGCAUUCACUCUGUUGUUACCACAUUGGCACAUCACCAGAUAUCUAAUGAAAUCAGCAUUAAUGAAAAGUAGACAUCUGCAUCAUCUCUGGUCUGGUGCAGGUUGAACACAUGACUCAAAAAGACAAGUCAUUAAAACACUCCCUUUGAUGCUGUUCAUAAUUCAACUUCCUGUGGGCCCUUAGGACGCACAGCUGAAUGACUAUAAAUGCAGCUCUGUGUGUGUGUGUGUGUGUGUGUGAGUGAGUGAGAGAGAUCAAGUGUUUAGGACACAUAACAUUAAAGGGAUAAUGUGUAGUUUUUACCGUUAAUCUGGGAAUAUCCAUCAAAAAGUGUUUUUGAUAAUAAAUAAUCUGAUUCCCAGUUGUUGAAAAAUGUUGGUGGGUUCUUUACAUAUAACCAUAAAAAUUGGGUCUAAAAUACAUGGUAGCAGUCAAAGUCUCUGGGCGACGCCAUAUUAAACUCAAUGUUUUCUUCUACGGGAACCCAUGAGGACAAAACACAUUUCCUGGUUUGUAGCAAAAGGUUGUUUUAUACAUGUACCUCUUCACUCGUUGUCAGUGACGAAAAAAGCACAAACCUUUUGAUUUCUUUAAUAAAUGUAAUUUUUUUCUGUUAAUUAUAAAUGUAUUUAAACUAUUAUUUUAUAAUUAUUUUGUUAACUAAACCUUUUGUGUAAGUAAUCUAAAGGAUCAGUUAUCACGUGUUUAGAAAAUACUCAAGGUGAACCCAUAAUGCAAUUCAUGUACAACACCUAAAUGCAAACCAAAUGUGCAUGUUUAAUUGGAAAUUUACAGUAAGGACAUAUAUAUAUAUAUAUAUAUAUAUAUAUAUAUAUAUAUAUAUAUACUGUAGAAGGAAAAAAGGGUGUUCUUGCUUGAAGUCUGUGGUGCUAACUUUACAUUCAAAGGUGUGAUGUGAUGUAACCAUUUCCACUCUUAUCCUGAAAUCAUGGAUAUGACAUCACUGACACCUGAUUGGACAGCUAUGUUGUCCUGAGUGUUGAUGGUCCAGUGCUGAAACCAAGAAAGCAAUUCCAGGUUUUUCUGUAACUUCUGACGGGUUUAUUUUCCUUCUCCUUCAUUCAGCUCGAUUGUCAAUAAAUGAUUUGGGUCUCA